AUGGAAGGUAGCAUGGUCUUUGAUAAUGAUAAACUUGUCCUUGAAAUCCAGUCUGGUGGGGAGUCUGAAGAUGAAGCAAUUGCUAAAGCAGAGCUAAAGGAGCUUUUCAAUCAAGAGCUAUGUGACGAUUUGUUAGAAGACAGCGAGGAAGAAGAAGACUCCUCAUUUUAUUCUCCUCCUCCCCCUCCUCAAAGCAACGCUACUGCUUUAGGAUAUCAGUCUGUACUCCCAGUAGACGUCUUUAACGGAACCAGUCAAGCAUACACUGAGGGAGACGAUACCUUUAAUGGAGUGACAGGCACACAUUACAAUCACUUGGGAAGAUCACAGCUAGAGACACUUUAUUAUAGUAAAUGUAAUCAAAUGAAGCAAAUGGAAGAACAGAUUAAUGCAUUUCAGGAAGAGACUGAGAAAAAGUUGGGUACACUGCGGCACUUGAAUAGACAGUUAGAGGCUGAUAAAUUGGCACUAAUGGAGGAACUUGAGAGCCAGAGACACGUGGGUGAUGAAUUAAACAAGAAAGUAAUAGAAAACAAAGACUUGUCGCAGAAGAUGGAGCAGAUGCAGAAAGAAAAAGAUGAGCUCUUACUUCAGCUUGAUUCUGCUCAGAAAACAAUCCAGUCACUAUCAUUACAAGUGACAGAGUUAAGCCAGACAGAUUCAAUACAGCGACUGCGUUUGAGCUAUGAAGCGGCUUUUGAAGAGUUGAGGAAACAGCACGAAAUAGAGUUGUCAAAUUUAGCGUCCCAUAAUUCAGGAACCACAUCAUCUUCGCCAAUACCUGAAAAUGGUAGUCUAGUUGAGAAGGAACAUGUCACUGAUGCUAAUGGACACUCUAGUCAAUUGGAAAAGGAGAGAAGGGAGUUGAUAGCACAAGUGGAGGAUUUGACAACACAGCUUCUCUUUCAGCAAGAGAGAGUUAUGCAGGCUGAAGAAUCUGUGCAACAACUGCAGUUAGUUUUAGACAAUACCAAGGCAGAAAAUGAAAAGGCUUGUAAAGACUAUCGUAGUCAUAUUAACAGGCUUGAGGAGCAGCUUGACUGCCAGCAAGCAGUAUCAGAGGCUAAGCUAAAAACGAGCUUAGAACAGUGCCGCCAAGCUUGCCUCAAGCUACAUGAAGAUUCUUCCAGAAGACUAAAGGAGGAGUUUUCAAAUGAAAAGUCGAAAAUUGAACACAUCCAUUUUGUUGAUUUAGAGAAAUUAAGGAAAGAGAUAGGUACUCUCAAGUCCAGUCUAUCCACAACACAACAGCAAUUUGUUCAGAUUGAUUCUGCAAUUGCUGCAGCUCGCAAGUUGUGGAUCAGUGAACAGGAUAAAAGAACAAAUGAGCUCAUUCAGUUAUCCCUGAAGCAAGUCCAAGAGAAGCACUCGUCGACUCUUAAGAAGCUUGUUCAAGAGAAAGGUGAAGUUAUACAGCUCCUGGACAUUAGUAAUCAAGAGAAAUUGAAAUUGGAGCAAGAUUUUAAAAAGACAAAAGAGAAAUUAAAGAAAGGUAGACCAUAG